GCGCCUCCCUUUGCAACGGAGCGGCUGGCCGAGCGAGACCCCCGGGGGCCACGAUGAGCGCCUCCUGGCCGGGGCUGCGGCGGGCCCUGCAGCUGACCCUGGCCGUCGUCAAGCCCGACGCGGUGGCCCACCCUCUGGUGCUGGAGGCUGUGCAUGAAACCAUCCUGAGCCACAAAUUCUUGAUCGUCCGGACAAAGGACCUUCUCUGGAGUAAGGAGGACAGUCAGAGGUUCUACCAGGAGCACUCAGGGCGCUUUUUCUACCAGAGGCUGGUGGAGUUCAUGUCCAGUGGCCCCAUGAGGGUUUAUAUCCUGGCUCACGAGGAAGCCAUCACACGCUGGAGAUCAUUGAUGGGUCCCACCAAGGUUUAUCGUGCCCGCCACAUGGCUCCAGACUCCAUCCGUGGGACUUUGGGCCUCACCGAUACCCGGAACACCGUCCAUGGCUCAGAUUCUGCAGCCUCAGCCAGCAAGGAAAUUGCCUUCUUCUUCCCAGAUUUCAGUGAAGAGGAGUGGUACCAACACGAGGAGCCACAGCUCCGUAGAGAAACAGUUGGAGCUCAUGCAGUCAUCGGUUGCCACCUGCAAGAUGGCUAAAUGGAGCAGGAUUAGCCACCUUGAAGUUCCUCUCAUGGAUGUCAACUGAGGUUCUGCCAUGACCAGCAGGUGGUCCUCAUGAGCUGAGGCUUCCUUACAGCGUGCGAACUUUGCUGUUGGAAGAUGCCCAGUGGAGAGUGGUUUUUGCCCCUCUUCUUAUGCCAAAGAUCAGACACACGUGUGUGAACCAUGUACAGUCUUCACUGAUUCUCACCUUCCCUGGGAUGUUUCAUGGAAGGGCAGGGUUUCCAGGCUGGGCAGAUCAGUCUGCAUUGGAUCUCUUGAAGCACCUGGGACCGAGGAUGACGUCCAGAAGGUGGGACCCUAACCGGGAUAGACCUGCCUCCAAUCUAGAAUGUCUUGGGUUACUAUCUGGAAGUUGAGUCAUGGCAACUGGUGGACUUCUCAGGAGAACUGGAAGAUCUUCUCAGGAGAACUGGAAGAUCUUCUCAGGAGAACUGGAAGAUCUUCUCAGGAGAACUGGAAGAUCUUCUCAGGAGAACUGGAAGAUCUUCUCAGGAGAACUGGAAGAUCUUCUCAGGAGAACUGGAAGAUCUUCUCAGGAGAACUGGAAGUCCAGUUGCCAGGACUCAACUUCCAGGCAACUUUAGGUAGAUGCCUUAGAAUUUUUAUUGACUCUUAGGUUCCUGGUUUCUGGGACAGAUUUUGCGCACAUGCCAAAGCGCCUUUUGCCUUGAGGAUUUACACCCUGAACCCCUUUGGAGGGGGAGGGCAGUCUUGCCCCAGGCAGCUGUAAGAUGGACGUGCUCCCUCUCCACCUUGUGCUUAAGACCUCUGACCUCUUGCAUAACUGGCUGGGGAAUUCUGGGAGUUGAAGUCUGGGAGUCUUAAAGUUGCCAAGGAUGGACAUGCCUGCCUUAGACUCUGAGUUGUCCAGCAAACCCCAGAAAGUCCCUUCCUUGUGAUCCUCCAAGCAUCAUCUCCUCCUUUGGAGAGUUUGGAGUUUGACCUCUGUAUUUUAUAUCUUUCUAAAGCAGAGGUCUUCAAACUUGGCAGCUUUAAGACUUGUGGACUUCAACUCCCAGAAUUCUCCAGCCAGCAUAGCUGGCUGGAGAAUUCUGGGAGUUGAAGUCCACAAGUCUUAAAGCUGCCAAGUUUGGGGACCCCUGUUCUAAAGUAUCAAACCCAAGAGAGUUGCGUUUUUCCAAAAGGGAACAAGCCUCAAGGAAAGACUUCACCUGUUCCGCCUUGGCCUCCACCCGGACAGUAAAUAUUUGUUACCAUCUGGGAAGACGAUAAAGGGUUUUCACCCUGAAAACCAACACAUAAAUUAGAUUAUUUAUGAGUCUCUCUCUGGCCAACCAAGCGGACUCUGCUGCUUUUUAGACCCGAUGGUCAAAUACAUCCUUGUUCAAUGGAAGGGCGAUGCCCGCUCCAUCCCAGGUGUGGCUGCCGGAACUUCCCCAGAAAUGAAAAAUGAGGUUAUAUUUGCCCAGAGUCCAUAUUAUGGAACAAUUAGCAAGGAUUUUUUAAAAAAAUAUUAAUUACAUUAAUCCCUAUUUUGGGUACAAAUUCUCCAAACUUAUUUAUCUUAUUGGUAAAUUAUUCCUGUCGUUUCAGGGUUUAAUUGGGUUUUGUAUUGGGGUUUUAUGUCUGUAAGCCGCUCGGAGUCCCUGUGGAUCAGCCUUAUAAAUUUUCUUAAUGAAAUAAAAAUAAAUAUAUUGUUAGAUAAGACGAAAAAGUG